AUGAAAUUGCUGGGUGCCUUCGGUAGCAAGGGAGCUCUACACUGCAAUUUUCCAUUUUCCGAGCUGCGGCUGUUGAGAGAGGAAGAGGGGAAAGUUAAGUCAGCAGAAGCCGGCCGAGCGGCGGGGCUAGAAUGGCUCAACUUGCUCCCAACCUACUCCGACACUUCACUCGUGAGAUUAGAA